AUGGCAGCUCGUCGGGCUGCACGGGCACGGGCACGGGCGCCUGCACGCCCGACGCACUUUCUCUGCAUCCCCCUCUUGCGGCGGCAACUCGCGCACAACGUCGCUGCCUUUCGCGCCGACGUGACCAACAUCAACUCCGCCGCGCCGCUGCCGCCAUCCGCGGUGCGACCGCCGGGCACGAUGCACAUCACUCUCGGCGUGAUGAACCUCGCGGAGCCGGCUCGUCUGGAGCGAGCGCUGGAGUUACUGCGACAGCAGCAACGGCAACGGCAACGGCAAAGCAGGCUGUGUCUGACGCUGAAGGGGCUGCGCGCGAUGCAGGAUCCGGCCGCCACGGGGGUGCUGUACGCGCCGCCGGCGGAUGUUGAAGGACAGGCGGCGGGUGGGCUGCGGGCGUACUGCGAGGCGGUGAGGCGCGCGUUCAUCGAGGAAGGGCUGAUGGAGCCGGACGGCAGGCCGUUCGUGCUGCACGCGACGGUGGUGAACACGGCGCACGUGAAGAGGGGGCGAGGGGAGAGGUUGAUGCUGGAUGCGAGGGGGUUGUUGGAGGAGUACGCGGAGCAUGUCUGGCUGGACAGGCAUGAGGUAAGGAGUCUGGCGAUUUGUAGGAUGGGUGCGCAGCCGAAGGGGACGGAGGGGGAUGAGGCGUAUGAGGUGGUGGAGGAGGUGAGAGUGUGA